UUAAAUCUACCAUUGUCAAUCGAAUCUCGUUUCUAUUAUUUUGGCAUUAAACAUAAUAAAGUAAAACUAUACAUGAUGAAUAACAAUAAUCAAUUAUUUAAUGUAAAUGAUUUAUUCGAUAGUUAUGAGCAAGUUAAAAAACAAUUAGAGUUGUACAGUAACACUGAGAAAUAUAAAUUUUCUGUAAGCAAUAGUAAAACAUUGAGUAGUGUGUGUAACGAAGGAAUGGAUUACAAUCCCAAAUUAAUAUACGAUGAGCGUUAUUUUAAAUGUAGCGUUAACCCAAAACCGACGACUUUAAAAAAAUUUCAAGCGAAAAAUCCAGGAGUGAAUGUAGUACUGUGUCCUGCCAUUUUAGUCUUAAGGACAACACAAGAUAAGAAGCAUUUAAAAGUUACAAAAUUUGAACCCAAGCAUGAUCAUGAUCCGUCAGCUCCUCCACGACUUCAAAUCGUCAAUACUUUAGCUGUUGAAAACGACAUUGGACAUAAUGAAGAUUUAAGCCGUGAAAAUUAUCCUACAGCACCCUCCACUUCUCAUGUUGAAAUAAUUGAUCAACCAUUACCAAUAUAUGAAUCGAUAAAUCGACAAGAUAAUAACCUGCAGCCAAUAGUCGUCGAGUCAAAUGAUCACCAAAAUCCAGAUUCAAUAGAUGUUGAAGUACUUGGAUCUCAAUUACAAGCUGCCAAUACCUCAGUUACUAACGAUCAUAGUAUUGAUGUUCCGAUUAUAUUUAAUGAAAAUUUUGAAACGUUACUAUUGAAACUUCAAGUAAACAUCAUGGCUACACAAAAUAAUGAAGAGAAAAAGAAAAAAAUGAUCGAAAUAAAUAAAAUGUUGGCAUCUCUUGAUAUGAAUAUGAAUGACUCCUGUUUACCACCGGCAACAUCGAAUUCUGUACUACAAUCAAAUAUUGGAUGCUUGACAAUAUUUUCAAGCCGUUCACGUGGACGUGGAAGAGGCAGAAGAAACCGAGUCAUUGGGCUUUCUGCAAGUCAAAGGUCAACAAAAUGCAAUUCAUUUCAAAACCUGAAAAAUACCACUAAAGUAAUUGAAAUUCUAUCAUUGAUAAUAAAAGAUAAAAGUGUAAUAAACCGAAUUGUCUUAGGCUAUAAAAAAAUCAAUCACAACGAUUUGAUUCAUCUGCAGCCUGGCAAUAUUUGUGAUGCUUUGGCAAGCGAGAUAAUCACUGACGAUAUUAUCGAAAAAUUUUUUGAACCAGAUGCUUAUGCAAAUUACAAAAAUAUAAUAAAAAUGAAAUGCAACAGUGAUGAUUGGCAGUGCAAAAUUUGUGGAAGUAACUUAAACACUGACUACAGCGUAGAGUGUGAUCGAUGCCUUUUUUGGAGUCAUUGGAGAUGCGUUAGCCUAACUGAGGAACCUUUAAACGAGUGGUUUUGUCCACAUUGUAAGAAGUAA